UGGCCUCUAUAAAACGAGCCCGGUCUGGAGAAUUUAGCAACAGUAUCAUUUCAAGUUCGAAUUCAGAUAGUUGUUUGUGAUUGGAUCAAUUGGGGCAUUUUGUUACAAGAUUUAAUUUGGAAGCAGUGAAGUGCGUAAUAUCAAUAAAAAAUGAUAAAGGAAAUUGUUCUCCUCGGGUGUGUGAUAGCCGUAGCCACGGCCAUGCCUGCUUCCGAUUUCGGUGUUCCGGCCGCCGUCGAACAAUAUGAACCGGAUAGCCCAGCCGUCGUACUGGUGCAGCAAGAAAAUGAAGAUCUGGAAGGAGCUGAGACCGCCCACCGCGGACGAGGCUUCGGUGGAUAUGGUGGCGGAUUUGGAGGAUAUGGUGGCGGAUUUGGAGGUGGCUACGGAGGAUACGGUGGUGGAUACGGAAGAGGAGGAUAUGGAGGAUAUGGCGGAUAUGGUGGCUACGGAGGAUUCGGCGGACACCGUGGACACUUCCAUGGAUAAAUUGAUGUGGUACAACAUUUUUAUGUUUCAAUGAUUACGAACUGAUUACUGAUUAGAGAAUGCGCAGGGAAAAAGAAAACUCAAACCUCGAGAAACAUUUUUUUUUGUUUUCGGGAGAACUUGUAUGAAAAGCGAAUAAAACAUGAAAAAUUAAA